AUGGGCUUAUCUGAGAACUGGAAGCGUUUAAGUGCUAAGCAAAAUGCAUCCAAUCCCAAAAGCGAUAAAAAUCUCCUGAAGAUACGAAAGAAGUCGAUCGCCAAGGCUACCCCAAAGGAACGAGAGAAACCUGUGAAGAGGCUCAAUCAGCAAAAGACUCCACUAGAAGUAUACCUUUGGGGAAAGGACAACAAUAAUCCUGCGAAAAAGGCCGUUGGUAAAUUCGUUGCCAUAGAUUGCGAAUUUGUUGGUAUUGGCGAUAACGACGAGUCAGCACUUGCUCGUGUUUCCAUUGUGAACUACUAUGGUGUACUACUACUAGACACAUUCGUCAAGCCACAAGGAAGAGUGACCAAUUGGAGGACAUGGGUCUCGGGAGUAGCGCCUCAUCACAUGGCCGAGGCAAUCACUUUUGCCGAGGCACAAGAAAAAGUUGAAAGUGUCAUAAAAGGGAAGUUCCUUGUGGGACACGCGCUAGGUGGUGACCUCAAAUGUCUAGAACUCAAGCAUCCUAGAAACAAGAUUAGAGACACUUCGAAAUAUUCUGGUUUUCGAGUCGAUACAAAGGGCCACCCGCCCAGCUUGAAAAAGCUAAUCUCGCAACACUUCAAGUACGAUAUUCAAAACGGUCUGCAUUCCUCUGUCGAGGACGCUAGAGCUACCAUGGCGCUUUUUCGAAAAUUCAAACCGGAGAUUGAUCAAGAGGCGAUAGCGAAGUACAAAUAG